AUGGCCUCCUCCUCAUCCGUCUCCAACAGUAGUGCAUAUAUGUCAGCCAGGCAAGUUCGAAGAAGGUGCGAUUGUGAUGAACCAGUUGGCAGGUGGACUUCAUGGAAACCGAAGAACCCUGGAAGGAGAUUCCUUGGUUGCCCCAAAUACAAGUUGUUACACUGUGCAAAAUGUCGUCCAAUGCAAGAUAAGGAGAAGGAUUGCAAAUUCUUUGAAUGGAUAGAUCCUCCAUUACCAAACAACUGGUACAAACAGAUGAUCUAUGAUUUUCACAACCAAGGAAUUCAUGGAGUCAAUGAUGAAGAAUUUGAAGACUUUAUGGAUGAAGAUGUGGAAGAAGUAGUGCAACAGAUUCCUGUGCAAGUGGAAGGUGGAAUGGUUGUUAAGGGAUGGAAGAUUUGGUGUUUGGUUGGUUUAAUUGCAAUUGUUUGGCUUAUGUUCAUGUAA